UUUUAAUUUUCUGAAUAUCAGCAAAACUUACUGUACAGUACAGGGAAGUAGAAUUAUCAAAAGCACUGAUUAUGAAUGGGAAACCGUGUGAGUGGGUGUGGAAUUGACGAUGCCAUGACGUAGUUGAUCCUCACUGACUCAUGACCUAACAGUUUGGUAUUGAUUGUAACUUUGUAUUUGGUUAGUAGCAACGGCAUGGCUUCCUUGACUAAGUGGAUUGAGGAAACCAUACCUAGCCAAACUCGCACGUUGUGCAGACGAUAUCCCAGCCGCCAACAUUGUCAUCCCUUACGGCAAGGAUAUUUCAUAUAGGGUAUGCUGCAAGGCAAAUGAACCUAAAUUUUGCCCUUGCCUCAGCUGUCCCUAAGACCAGAAACACAGUCGGCGGUGGACAUAAGAUGAAAAGGCAGAGAGAAGGAAUGCAAGUCAACGUGGCAGGCUUACGUCGCAAUAUUAUGAACCUGGCCCACAACUACUCAGGGGCUCAGGUGAAGGUGAGAGAGGCAACCAGCAAUGACCCAUGGGGGCCUAACAGCACACUUAUGUCGGAGAUAGCUGAUCUGACAUACAAUGUGGUGGCAUUCACUGAGAUCAUGCAAAUGGUGUGGAAGCGGCUCAAUGACCAUGGGCGGAACUGGCGGCACGUGUACAAGGCACUGGUUCUGCUCGACUAUCUCAUCAAGACUGGCUCGGAGAAGGUGGCACAACAAUGCAAAGAGAACAUUUUCGCCAUCCAGACACUGCGAGACUUCCAGUACGUGGAAGAGGGGAAGGAUCAGGGCAUCAAUGUCAGAGAGAAGGCUAAACAGUUGGUAUUACUGCUCAAGGAUGACGAACGGCUGCGUAAUGAGAGAGCGCGUGCACUCAAGGCGAAGGAAAGGUUUGCUCAGACAGCAUCCGGAUUCGGAAGUGACACAGGAUUGGACACAUCAUCUCCUUCUAGUCCAGGAUUUCCAUCUUAUAGAGAAACGUGGGGCUCUUGUGAGGAGACCCAGCGUCGAGUGGAAACGGGAGAGCUGGAGUCAGCACGGCCGCAGACCGUCGGGGAGGAGGAGCUGCAGCUACAACUGGCUCUGGCUAUGUCCCGAGAGGAGGCGCAGCAGGAGGAGCAGAAGCGGCGGAGUGACGACGUGCGUCUCCAACUGGCCCUAUCUCAGAGCGAGAACGAGUUCAAGGCUCCUAUUGAUGCAGUGAUGCAGCAGCAGCCGCCUAGGGAGACAACAUCGAGUCACAUGUUGGACCUGUUAGAUGUAAACCUAGGAGCCACAAGCCCUCCGGCCCCUACCUUGGAUCCCUGGGGCAUGCCAGCUCCUCAGCCUGCCCCCGUCAGGCCCCAGACUUUGGACAUCAUGUAUACUAAUUGGGAUUUGACGGACCCUUGGAGUGCUACGAGCACCUCUAGUCUCCCGAGUAUCAACGAUCCCUGGACUCCAGCCUCCACAUCGCAGCCUCUGCCUCCGAAACCCGACCCUUGGAGAGCUGUGUCCCCCCCGCCUCCCGCUGUGAGACAACCCCUCAAUGACCCUUGGAGCCCAGCUACAGAACCAUCUCCCGCUCACUCGGCUAGCCCUGCUCCCUCUCUGCCUGCCGCUACACCACUCAGUGACCUCGACGAGUUUGACCAGAUACUGAAUCGUGAGAGAGCCGUCAGCGAUAGCAAUAGCGUCAACAACAAUCCUACUGGAUUUCCUCGUGGGAGAAGAAAUGCUUUCAGGCGUAAAAAGAGAGGAAGUAUGAGUCCAGAUCCCUUUGAUCUGUCGGGGCUGUCUAACUCACUGUCGACUCCUCCCUCAACAGUACCUAAGAAGACACCCCACAGCUUCCUAGGGGAGAACUCUUCACUGGUGAACCUCGAGAAUUUGGUAACUAAGACCACGCUGACGUCAGCACCAUUUGUGCCUGUCUCCACACCAGCGUUGGCCAAUCCAUUCUCCAACAGCCCUCCAAUGAUGCGGCCUCCGCUCCGAACACCUCCAUAUCCCCCUGCCCAACCACUGGUCCCCCAGCCCAACCCCUUUCUCUCAUAAUGUGCCCUCGUUCCAGUGUGGCUGUCUGAUCGUAAUGUGUAUCGCCUCUCUGAUUGCCAAUGCGUUUGUUAUUUGUAUGAAAAGCAAUAAUAAAAACGAUCGUGACAGAAGGUUUUAUUCGCAUCAGGUUUGUUUUAGCUGUAGAUGACCAGAAUGGAAUAUCCCUUAUUUCAAGCUCUUUACAUUUUUGUUGGUACAAGGAUGGUUCGAAAAAUCAGUGCAAAAAUUAAAAGUACUUAAAUAUAUUAGAAUAAAUUAUAUUUAUUUUUCAAUGUAUAUUUUUCUUAGAACCCGAUCAUGCACUUAUCACAGUGGUGUUCACUUUUUUUAAUUCUUUUAACAUAUUUGGUCAAAGGCGUGCUAUUUACAAACUGGGCACAAUAAGUUUCUAAAGUUUUACUCUGAAAAUAUUUCUUUCUAGCUAACAAUUUUUAAAUAUUGGUUUAAAUAUUACUCUACCUCCUUUAGUUCCUGACCUCUGUAGUUUGUAUGUUUUUGAAAUGGCUAAAACCUUGUUUAUGAGCCAACAAUUUUUUACAUAAAUUUAACUCUUUGUAACCAGUCCAAUACAUCUAAUUGAUGUUUCUAUCUGUAAUCUUUUUGGCACUUUUUGCUAAAUACUUUCUUCUUGCAUCCUAUUUUUGUGCCUUCAGUUGUAAUAGUGUAUCCAUGUUUAUAUCCACAGAUUAAACCUAUGUAUUAUCUGAACUCAGCUUAAAUUGCAGCAAACUAUCUGACUCAAUACAAACGUUUUUGAACAGAGUAAUAAUCCAAUAUUGUUGAAAAUAACCUGUUUUUUAUACACCAGCAGUAUAAAACUUUACAUUGGUUUUUCAAACCACCUUGUAUUCAUUGAAAUAUUAUAUACUGUUCAUAUUUUUAAUGCUCUUUCCUCCAUGUGUCUCAUUCAGUACCGAAAGGAACUAGUGUAUUUUCUCUUAAUUACUGUUAAAUUUGUUCUUCAUUUAUAAUAUAUUUUUAAUGUUUGUUCUUAUUUUGCAGUAAUAUUAUCCUGUUAUAUCUAUAAAUUAUUAUUAUGUAGUUUUUGUGUUUGAUUCCAGAACUGACAUAGUUAUUUUACAUAUUCAUGAUAUUAUUGUCUGUUCUAGUAUUACAGCUAUUCCUUAAAAAACAAUAGUUUUAACAAUAUGUUCAUACAAAAUCAAAGAAACUUUUCAUGCAAAUAUGUAUUUAGUGUUCAUUAUAUUACCUCAUUAUGAAUUCUACCCCUGUUUAUUGUAAGUAUUAUUUUAUUUAUGUACGCAUUUAGUCGCAUAUAACACGUUUAAAAAAAGCAAAUGUUAUUCAAUUAGACUUGGUUUUAUUAUCGGAUUUUGAGAGAUAUGUAAUAUAUGUGAUAGUGUGAAUUGAAUUGAAUUUAUUCUAAUGUAAUAGAUAUAUGUCUGAGGUGCUCAUUAUUGAUAUUGUAUAUUUUUUUAAAUUUGUCAACUAAUGUACAUAGUUCUGAAACUAUCACAAGCUCCGAACCCUGUAGUUUUAUUGUUUAAAGUAGUUUUAGUAGGUGAUUAAAAUUAGCUGCGUUAACAGUCUUGAACAAGUAUUAUAUUCAAGUAUUUUUAAUAGGACUAAAGGGUUAGUUGCUGUUUUCACAUGUGAUUUGUUUUACGAUUAGAAAGCCACACGACCCGGGAGGUAGUCACUAUUAUAUGCCUUGAUAUGAUUGAUUUCACCAAAUACAAGGGGUUGUACCCAUUGGGAGAGGGGAGAGGUUCAAUCUCCUUAUAUACUCUCUAUGGGUACUCUCUACAAAUGUAAACCAUAUGGCGACACCAAUGUGAGCUAGUGCUUACUGUUUCAACCUACAAUCACUUAUCUGUUGUAUUAUAAGAAAUAAGGUGUAAAUAAAUUAGGUUAAGAAAGGGGACUGGAGGAAAAAGUGCCCAUGUUCACUAUGGUUGGAUUUUGUUAGAUUAUUUAUCGUAACAUUGUUUUAUUUUAUAGACAUUUUGUUAUCAUUGGAGCAUACAUUUAUUUGUCUGAGAUGGGUCGGUUUUAGGAUUACAAAAGGGUUUUGUUAUAUUUAUUUUUAAAUUAUUCUAUAUAAUCAAGGAGGUGUAAUUUUUUAAGUUGUGGUGUUUUUAGAGGAAAAAAUAUACAUUUAAAUAUUGAAUUCUAUGAAAUUUUAGUUAAAUUUCAUUAUAAUAACUAAUUUAUGAACUGACUGUCAACUAGUUAGUCAACUGUAUUGUGUACCUGUUCUGUUUUUCAGUUAGUUUAAAACAUUGGUUGAUACAUUUUUUAAUUUGUUACUAGAAAUGAUUAGUAACUUACAUAUAAUUGUAACAAUUGGGGAAAAAAUUGCUUAAAUAUAAAAAUUAUGUAAACAAUAAAAUUUGAGAUAAUUUAUAUAAUUAGUGUUCAAGAAAUUUCAUUUAAAGGUUGUAAACAUAAUUCGAAGAUAUUUACAAUAUUUUAGAUGAAUACUAUGUAAUUUUGUAUCUCAUCUCAAUUUUGACGUACAUAUGAUAUAAAUUGUGUUCAGAAUUUAGUGAAUAAAAAUAUAUUUAUGUGUCAAGGUUUGUGUGGAAAGUAUCAAAUUUCCAUCUACAUUUUGUGAUUGGAGCAAGAAAUUGCCCUAGUCAGAUAUUAUCAAUGCCUUUUAUUGUUGUGGCUGUGUUCUACUAGUACUAAUCUUUGAAUUGUUUCAAGUUUUGCCAGAAACUUGUCCAUUCUUCUCCCAGCGUUGGUUUUUAUGAAAGGAAUGAAACUGAAUAAGUAAAUGUUAUAUAAUUUUAAAAAUUCUCACAUUUUUAGUGGAAUGAAUGACUUUCUGGUAGAUAUGAAUGUGUAGGAAUCUGAAAAACUUAGAGCGUGUGUUUGAGAGAACCAAUGAAAUCCAUCAUUUGAUUAAACAGGAGCUAUAAUACAAAGGUGUGAAAAUUAUCUGCAACACAAAAACAAACACUGGAACUGUGGUUAAGUCAUGACUCUGGAACUGAAACUGGUCCCUAUAAUCAUAAUGUAAAUGUUUGGAUCUUCAGAAAUAGAAAAUUCUGAAAGGAACAAGGUUCAGUGACUUAAGAAAUCAAUUAAAAUGCAAUGAGAGAUGUUAUUCCAAAAGAUUAAAUCAAGGAACAUUUCCAGAAGUGAGAAAAUGCUGAAAAUAGAGUUAUUUAUUGAGAUAUGUGCUUUAAAGAGGGCCACAAAAUUUGGAUAUCCUCAUGUAUACUGGGCAAUCAUAAGUCCAUUCCCUUCCCUAGAAAGUUUAGCUGCGGCAGAUGAAUUAAAAUAGGAAGUAUUUGUCAGUGGGUAAUGUCUAUUAGCAUAUUGAAAGUUAUAAGUAAUAACCCUCAAAAGUACUUUUUGCCAAGAAUUUUGACACAAACUGGAUGUCUAUAUCUUUAUUCCUUUUCUAUAAAUUUGAGUUCAAAAUUUCAAUUUGAUGUGUUCAUUGUGGUUAAAACAACACAGUGCAAUAAACAAGUGGUAUGAACAACAUUUUGAAACAGUCUAUAUAUUUUAAUAUUAGCAACCCCUUAUUUUAAUCAGGGUUACUAAUAUUUCUGUGAAUCCACUUUUAAAAUUGAAAGAUUUCAGUUUAAAGUUAUUUUUUAUACAUGUUAUUAUUUGUUAUUAUGUUAUAACUGUGGUUAACACCUAAACAGCAAUUAAUUAAAGAUAAUUUUAACAAUCGACAUAAUUUAUUUUAUAAUAUCUUUUAAUUCAUUAUGUUAUGUAUAAUUUUAAAGACAAAACAAAAAUAUUACGCUAUGUAUAUGUUAACUCAUCAGCGUAGGACUUGUUUUAACGCAAACCAGACUCACCUGCUGUACUUAUUUCCAAAUUAUGGAUAUUUUUGCAAGCUUUUUUGCAAAAAACAAUUCUUUUUCCUACUCCAGAUAUCCCAUCAUCAAAUUCUUUUAUUGAUAACAAUAACAAUGUACCUUAUUCAAACUGUAGUCAUACACUGCUAUAGAUUCGACUUUUAAUAAGUAAUAUUCUGUUGGGCAGAUGUAACAAAAAAUUUGAUAGGCCUAUCACACGGGAAUAUUAACCCUUCAAGACGAAACACGGCCACUGCCAGGUGUGCUGUAGUUCCGCUAGCGGAUGAAUCACAGGCACUGCAAGGCUGGCGUACUACGUCUCAUAUCACUGACGUAUGAGAUCGGUUCAGUGGUUUCUACUAGCUCUGCAUUGUGCUGCUACCUCUCGGGAAUAGUUUGAAGUGUUUGAAACAAUAUUGCAGACAGUUUUUCGCAGUACAUUUACUGGUUUGUUGCCAAAAUUUCCAGUUGAGUGCAUUGCCUGCCAAUGUAAAAAACUAGUCAACUCACUGUGACUCAGGUUCUUUGUACUUUUUUGGUUGUUUUCGUUGUGAAACACGUUUGUUUUAGAUUUUAAUCUACUGUAAAUAUGAGGGUAAAGUGCAAUUAAAUAAUAUAAUCAUUUUUAGGCCUCUUUUUCACAUAAGAAUACAUAACUUUUAAAUGAGUACGAGUGUUAAAACAAUGCAUGAAUUAACUAUUCAUUUAGUACUAUUUAUUUUUCUGAUGGCUGCAAGUACAAGUGGAUUACUAAUUAAUGACAUUAGUGAUAUACAAGAUGACGAUUUAACAUCUAGUGGUGGAGACUGAUUUGCCUCCUCCACCUGAUCUAGGCCUAGAUAUCCCUAGAUUUGUAUACAUUUUAUUUUUUGCAGUUUAUUGGAGUAGAUAUAAUAUUACAACAAAAUUAUAUAAGUUAAGAUACACCUAUUUAAUAAAACAAAUAUGAUCUGAUGCACCAACAGCUUUAAAAUUACAUUAAACUUGGGAUUUUGGUUUAAAAUUAACAAAAUAUUUUAUUUAAGUAUUAAAUAAUAUAAUAUUAAGUAAAAAUAUAAUAGUGUAGCAAAAACCAUUGUUUAUACCCUGUUUUAUUCUAUAUUUAAAGCCUAAUCAUACAAAAAAAACGUACAUACAUUACCCUAUUGUUUCAUAAUAAAGUGUUUGUUAAAAAAUACAACGCUGUGCUUUAACUGAACAUUUAAAUAUAACUAGACAGAGAAAUUGGCUCUUUUUAAUGAGUUCCAAAAGAGUUAAACAUGAUAUAACAUCACGUCCGGCAGAAGACAGGAUAACUAAACAGUUGUUAUUGUUAUUAUUAGUAGUUCAGGGCUAUAUAAUAUGGAAAAUAAUUCUUUUACUGAUAUGAUCACAUACAAAAACACUCAAAAUAAUAACGUUCCAAUGCUAAUUUUUAUGGAACUAUCAACAUUUUUUAGAGGUGUAAUCAACUGAUAAAGCAGAGCCUGGAUUUAUUUCAUGACACUAGAUUUAACAUCAUAUUAUACAAAAAUGUCAUUAAAAUUUACUACAAUAAAAUGAUAGUAGGAUAUAUUACAUAGCAACAGGUAACAUGGAGUCGAAUGACAAGCAAACUUAACAAAAAUUAGAUACGUAAUUUUGUAAACAAUAUCACUGUCUCUGUUGCUCACACUUUUGAUGCAAAACAGCUUUAAAAUAUCGACAAACUGAUUUACAGCAUAUUUGUAUUUUAUAUAAUCCCAAUCCGAAAUAGUUCACUAAAAUGCCAACAGAUUUUACCACAAUACACAAUGUCUGUGUGACGAAUAAAAUCCUAGGAACAGCCGCGGGUGAUAUUUUUGACUGGUAGAUAGCGUCUGACAAACCAGAUUGAAGAAUUAAUUGCAGAAAUGAAUCCUAUGUGGUUCUAUAAUGUAUUUUUUUUAAAUACAUUUCACAUUACAAUAAUUACAUUACUGAUCUGAUUAACUAACAAAGUGAAAAAAAUUACUACUUAAAAAUAAUCUCAAAAUAUUUUAUCGGUUGUCAGCUAUUUGAUAAUUUUUUUUUCAUUUCGUAUUUAAAAACGAUGUAAUAUUUUAUUUUAAAUGUAUUAUUUCAUUUGAUACCUAAUUUUACAAUUGAUAUAACUAUUUUGAAGUCUAAAAUGCUGAGAAUUUUAAUUCAUGGUUUACUUAUCUUCCAGUGAGUGAAAUAGAACUUAAAUUUGUUUUAGCUCACAUUGAAAUUUUGAUCAGGAAUUCUUAGAAAAUAAUUAAACAUAAUCCAUGUAAUAUAUAUUGUGUUUGUGCCAAAUUCUUGGUUUGUUAAUUUUCCAAUUAAUUAUGACAAAGGUGUGGAGAUUUGGUAUUCUAGAAUUUUGAGGUGUCCGAGGUAUUCUCUCAAAAUGUUGUUGAGAGUCCUUGCUGGCCUACAAAUAUUGCCCAAGUUUCAUUUCACUAAAUAAUUAUGCAAAACUUAGUGAGACAGAGGAAAUUUGUUGUAAUUUUGUCUAUACUGAGCUGUUGCUUCUGUUGUACUAGAAUGUUAUCGGUUAUUGAUGUUGUGGAAGCAGACUGGUCAAUAGAUUGCCUAAGUUUACAUGAACAAAAUUCAAUUUAACAAGUUUGAGAGACAGGAGAGUUGUCUAGGUUGACCUGCUUUUCAUCUGGACCCAAUUGUUACAUACACGUAAUGUAAAACACAUUUAUCUCAAGGAGUGGUUAUUUUACAAUUAAAUACUCCUAUAGCACUUAGGUGGAAGCAACGUGUCUUGUAAAUCUGCAAUUGCUUAAAAGCGCAAGUGGCAUUUAAAGUGGAAGGCUUCAGCUAUUUUUAGCGUAAUUAAAAUGAUCCAUUUUGUAAUAUAACAAGUAAGCUAUUAUUGUGUGUUAAGAGAACACUUAACAAGUUGCAGCCUUUUGUAUUUAUUGAUCAAUAUUUUUGUGUUGAUUAUAUUUUAAGUACUAUGUAAAAAAAAUAAUAUAUAAUGUUUAAACUAUAUAUAUAAUUAUUUCAAAGUAAUUAAGAAAGCAUAUUUAUUUUUCUUUUAUCGAUGUAAGGAAUCCGUUGAACGGAUAUGAUACGUUCAAGAACAGGACAAGAACCGAUUCACCUCACUAUCGUAUCGCCUAGCUUAAGACUAUGUACUAACAAAUUUAGUGUAUGCCGUUUUAUUGUAGAACCACUGAUUGUAUUUUCAAUGUUAUUGUCGUUAUUUUCGCCACUGGUUAUUUAUUGCAUUGAUUUAACCAGAUGUAAAUUAUAAUUUUAUUUAUUA